AUGUCACGCAGAGUCACUCGUUCUUCUGCGAGGCUCGCUGCAGAAGCGGCCCCGUCUGCCGCCCUCCCAUCCAACCCCGAUAUUUCUCCUCCUUCGCGGCCUCCACCUGCCACCUCUAGGAAGCGAAAGGCUCCUGGUCAUCGUUCCUCAAGUCCUAUCGAUCCAACUGAAGAAUCAACUCCUUCGUCUGUUCCUACCAGAGGGAAGAGACAGAGAGUUGCAGAUCAUCCACCAGCCCAAACUCAACCCUUACCACCAUCUCGGUCAAGCAGGAGUAAGGCUUCAACUACUGACACGGCAAUGUCGAACAAUGCGUAUGUUCUUCAGUCCAUCGAGAAUCUAGGAAACACCGCUGAAUCUACCAGGUCAUCCUCGCGCUUCAUGGACGAGCCCUCCCAACAAUUGACUUCCAAGUCAAGAUCAAGACGUCCCUCCAGUGGAAAUAACAAGAAGACCCGACCAGAUAUCUCUCCUCCGGCUCAGACGACCACAUCCCGUCGAUCAAAGAAACGCCUCAGUAAAAAAGAUCAGGAUGUCCUCAUGAAGGAUGAUGAGGAUUCUGAACACAAGAUAUCAAGACGUGAAAAAGAAUCCAGUCCGCCCUCGAAUCAUUCCACCAGCGAUAGCAACGACGGUGACAAUCACAGUGACAUGGAUGAAGACGAUGGUCCAGAUCCCUUUGCCGCAGCCCUCUUUGGUUUAGGCCGUGGGGGCCCGCCUUCAGGUCUGUCAAGUACGCUUCGAGCUUUGAGUGGAAUGAUGAGCGGCAUGUCUUCAAGACUGAGGGAAAUCUUGAGCAAUCUUCGACAGGUGGACAACCCGACCAUGCAGAUGCUGGCCUUGGAGGAACUUUCCAAUUUGUUAUUGGUUUCCAACGAAGACAAUCUCUCCGGCCAGUUCUCACCAGACCCUUACGUCAAAGAAUUGGUCGCAUUGAUGCAACCGAAUCCCAUCACGGGCGAGGAAAACCCUGAAAUGAUGCUCCUCGCCUGUCGCUGUAUUGCAAAUCUUAUGGAAGCACUUCGAGGCUCCGUUGCCAAUGUGGUCUAUGGUGGAGCUGUUCCAGUUCUCUGUCAGAAAUUACUUGAUAUUCAGUAUAUUGACGUUGCCGAGCAAGCCUUGAGCACCUUAUCCAAAGUCUCAAUCGACUUCCCUGGCUCCAUUGUUCGCGAAGGUGGUUUGACCGCCUGUCUGCAAUUCCUUGACUUCUUCGCCACCGGUACACAACGAACUGCCGUCACCACUGCAGCGAAUUGCUGUCGUAAUAUUCCCCACGAUUCAUUCCCCGUCAUCCGGGACGUCAUGCCAAUUCUUUUGAAUGUCUUGGCCAGUCAUGAUCAGAAGGUCGUUGAGCAAGGCUGUCUAUGUGUCACACGAGUAAUCGACAGUUUCAAACACGAUCCGAACAAAUUGGAGCAACUGGUCGAUGCGUCGCUUCUUCGAGCAAUUAUUGGACUGCUACUACCUGGAACCACCAACUUGAUUGGUGCAAACAUCCAUACAGAGUUCCUCCGAGUACUGGCCAUUGUUGCUCGGUCUAGCCCUCGCCUUUCUGCCGAACUGCUCAAGAUGAAUGUUGUUGACACCUUGUACCAGAUUCUCACUGGUGUUUCUCCUCCCUCCGAGACCUCAGAUGCCGCCUCCAAAAUUGACAGUGUCGUAAUCAUGCAGGCUUUGAUCCACCGACCUAGGGAACAAAUUUAUGAAACUCUCAAUGUCAUCUGCGAACUAUUGCCUCGGCCCAAGAUGAAUCGUGAGCUUGAAGUUGAGGUUUAUGAAGAUGUGGACGAAGAGUUUUCAGACACCCCCCAAACUUCUUCAGCUGACAAGCCCUCUCGGACGCAAACAAGACUUCGACUGCUGGAAGGCUGUAAGCAAGAAACACGUCGGUUUGCAAUGAUCCUGCUCCCAACCCUGACGGAUGCCUAUUCAAGUACUGUCAAUCUCAGUGUUCGUCAAAAGGUUUUGAUCGCUCAACUCAAGAUUCUUUCCAAUCUCGAGACUACGGUCAUUGAAGAGGCCCUCCGACCAGUACCUUAUGCUUCAUUCCUUGCUUCUAUCUUGUCUCAGGAGGACCACCCAAGCCUGGUGAUGUUUGCUCUGGAAGCGUCGGAACUGCUAUUUGAACGCCUCGAAGACAUUUAUCAAUACCAGUUUCAUCGAGAGGGCGUCAUCGGGGAGAUUAAGAAACUCGCCGAUCGUCCUCUUGAACAUCAUAGGAAGAGUGCUUCUGGUCAUGAACGCAGUCAAGAUUCGGGCGGCCUUGGCCGCUCAGCUGUUGAGCCAUCUACAUCUGAAACCCUCCCGCUUGGGCAUACCAAGCCCCAGGCUAGUAAUGCAGAUGAGGAUGGUGACAAUCAGAACGACGAAGCUGACGAGGACGAGGACGAUGACGAUGACGACGAUGACGAUCCAGAAGAUGAUGACGAUGAUGAUCGUGAUGAGGAUGAGGAUGAGAUUGCUAUGAGACACGAUCAUGACCUCGACGAUUCACAGAGUUCAGGAUCCUCCGAAGACGAGGGGACGCCAUCUCCGCUCGCAAUUGCCGGUAUUGCCGACCUUGUCGUGAUGCGAGCAAAGAAGUUCCUUGAAAAGCACGACACGAAGAAGGGCAAGGAACUUAAGAGCAAAGCCUCUAGCAUUCGUACUGAUCUACACAAGUUGGCUACUGAUAUCGAAUCAUUCUAUUCUACCCCGGACAGUGUUGCAGAAAAGAAUUCUUUGUUCACUCGUCUGGCAAGCUAUUUUGAUGGCGACGCCCUGGAAAGCAUAACAAGUUCAGAACUAUUGGAUUCGGGAAUCAUCCGCGCACUGGUGAAGGUCUUGUCUAGCGAUCUGCAGAAUCAUUUCCAUGAUGCACGAGCAGACUUGGUAGUGGCUUUCAUGGAAGCGACUAAUAAAGCGAAUAUCAAAACAGCAUCAGUCUCCUCAAACCCUACUUCGCUCAGCGUUCUGAUAUCGAAGCUUCAAGACUUACUUAGUCGAGCUGAACACUUCGAGGUCUUGACUGUCAACAAUAACGCUGCAGAAAGUACCAGAAGCAAUUCAACUUCGAUGCUCUCUCGCCAGAUUCGACUCAGACUCUCAGCUGAUGGUGAUGCUGACAUUCCAGCGACCUAUCGCGAGAUGAUAGUUUCGAUUCAUGCCAUAGCCACCUUUAAAGCUUUGGAUGACUAUCUGCGUCCCCGUUUUACGUCCUCUGACCGCCCAGCAUCGGCCCAGAGACGACGGGACAUGUUACAGCAGAUAGCAAAUGCUCGGCUGGCUCAUCUUUCAGGUGCCGCUGAAUCUGGUCUUUUCUCACCUUUUGGCCAUGAUACUACUUCACCGGCUACUCCACCUACUGCUUCGCGAUCCGAAUCACGGUUGUCUGCUCGAAGUAAGCAGCGGUCUCAGGGAAGUCAAGGUACUGCCGAUAAAAAGGAUGAGGAUAAAGUUGAGAAAAAACGAACGACUCGACGCUCUCAGGCAUCUUCGUCCAAACCGCCUCAGACGGCUCCAGAGCCCAGUGCUGAAGAUGCGGCCAGCACUCUCGAGUGCGCAGAUGAGAAAACUCUAGAUGACGAUCAUGCCCCAGAGACUGAGGCUGACGGAACUUUAGAAGCAUUCGUCGAUGGAUUGGAGGAAGACAUGUCUGAUGAAGAACUGCCAGAACCAGCUGCAGUCAAUAUGGAAGUUGGCUCCACUGGGAGGGUGACUGCCCGUCAAGACGACGGCACUCGAGUUUUUACACCUCAACCAGGAACACCAGUACCUGGCGGCACUCGGCCCCCCAGCUCAGAUCAAUCACCUGGACCGUCCCCUUCUGCUGCUUCCACCACUGGUCUGCGAUCAACAUAUGCCUCAGCACUCUCGUCAGUACCUCAAGAUUGGCAUAUCGAAUUCAGCGUUGAUGGUAAAAUCAUUCCCAAUAACACAACGAUCUAUCGCGCUGUUCAUCACAACCGUGAUCAGCCUCAAGACUCUUCGUCGAGGAGUGUUUGGUCGGGUGUGCAUACCAUCAAGUUUCGCAAAGUUCGAGGCCCGCCUCCAAAGGCAUCAACACUCCCAGUCUGGGGUCAGUCAGAGAAGGCAGAGUCAACUGAUGGUCUGCCAGCGUCCUUAAAUGGACACCCUGUGACAUCUUCCAUUCUCAGCUUGCUACGCAUCCUCCAUGAAUUGAACGCAAAUCUUGACGACGUGCGCGAAAGUCUUGGUCAGCCUAACCUGAAUCUCUUCGCAGAACCUCUCGCAUCCUUCAUCAACACCAAGCUGACAGCCAAGAUGAAUCGCCAGCUCGAAGAGCCAUUGAUCGUGGCAAGUAAUUGUCUCCCUGACUGGAGUGAAGACCUUGCUAGAACUUUUCCAUUCCUGUUUCCUUUCGAAACCAGACAUUUGUUCUUACAGUCAACUUCCUUUGGUUAUUCAAGAUCGAUGAUUCGUUGGCAAAAUAAUCAAUCGGAGAACGAAGAUCGACGAGAUCGUCGAAGAGAUGAUCGGCCGAUCAUGGGACGCCCACAACGCCAGAAGGUUCGUAUCUCACGCCAUCGCAUCCUGGAAUCUGCAAUGAAGGUCAUGGAUAUGUACGGCGGCUCACCAAGCGUUCUGGAAGUGGAAUAUUUUGAAGAAGUCGGCACUGGUUUAGGUCCUACUCUUGAAUUCUAUUCAAACGUCUCAAAGGAGUUCUCCAAGAAAAAGCUCAAGAUGUGGCGUGAGAACGACUCCCUCGAGAAUGAUCAGUUUGCCUUUGGAAAGAAUGGCCUCUUUCCAGCACCGAUGAGUGCUGCUGACAGCCGUGGUGAAGCGGGCAAGAAGUCGAUGCUGCUCUUCAAAACACUGGGAAAGUUCGUUGCACGCUCAAUGCUAGACUCCAGGAUCAUCGAUGUCUCCUUCAGCCCAACAUUUUUCAAGGUUGGCGAAACCUCAGCUGUGCCAUCCAUUGGUCUACUACGAACGAUCGAUCAUGAUCUGGCCAACUCAUUAUCCCAGUUACAGCAAUUUGUCAAUGCCAAAACCAAAAUCGAAGCAGACCACACCAUUACAGAUUCUGCAAAAGCCGAGGCGAUCGCGGGCUUAACCAUCCGCGAUGCUCGAAUUGAAGAUCUUGGACUCGACUUCACUUUGCCAGGGUAUCCUGGGAUCGAGUUGGUAGAGAACGGGCAGGACGUAGCAUUGACCAUGGAAAAUGUUCAGGAUUAUGUCGACAAAGUUUUGGACCUCAGUCUUGGGAGUGGUGUCCGUCGACAGGUUGAAGCUUUCCAAAACGGCUUCUCGCAAGUUUUCGCCUAUUCUACACUGAAAGCUUUUACACCAGACGAGUUAGUGAUGUUGUUUGGAAGGGUUGAAGAGGACUGGUCGAUUGAAACACUGAUGGACUCAGUCAAAGCCGAUCACGGUUUCAAUAUGGACAGCAAAAGUGUGAAGAAUCUCCUUCAAACGAUGUCAGAACUCACUCCUGUUCAACGUCGAGACUUCUUGCAAUUCGUCACAGGCAGUCCCAAAUUGCCUAUUGGUGGAUUCAAGAGCCUUACGCCAAUGUUUACAGUGGUUUGCAAGCCAAGCGAGCCUCCGUACGCUUCCGAUGAUUACUUACCGAGUGUCAUGACUUGUGUCAAUUACUUGAAACUCCCAGAUUACUCGACGCAAACCAAGUUGAAGGAGCGGUUAUUUGUUGCCAUUCGCGAGGGACAGGGUGCAUUCCACUUGUCUUGA